CCCACCAGUUCCGCCCACCUGUGCCCAGAAGUGCACCCUCCUGUGCCACCCAGCAGUGCCACACACCUGUGCCCAGAGGUGCCACCCACCAGUGCCCACCCACAUGUGCCCACCAGUGCCACCCACCAGUGCCCAUCAGUGCAGCCCAACAGUGCUGCCAGUCAGUGCCACUAUCAGUGCCACCUAUCAGUGCUGUCUAUUAGUGCCAUAUAUCAGUGCCGCCUAUCCGUGACACCUCAUUAGUGCUGCCUAUCAGUGCCGACUAUCCGUGCCACCUCAUUAGUGCUGCCUAUCAGUGCCCAUCAGUGCUGCCUAAUCAACGCACAUCAGUGAAGGAGAAAAAUUACCUGUUUGA